CAGUCUCUUGCGCUGUUUUACAUCUACAAGUUUGGGCUUGUCUCUGAUGACAACUUCCUUUUCUCGAUUGAUUCCUGAACGGCAGGAAAUGAAAGCAAACCCGACUCAGGAGGCGGUGAGUGUUUGCCAAGAAAAGUCAUCAAGUGGAGACCAAGAUUGAAGAAAGAAUCUAUGGAUUCUGUGCAACAGGGUAUCUCAAAUGUCCCUGAAAGCAAAGGUGACCUGGAAGAGCUUGAGGGCAUCUGCCCAAACAGUGUCGGUGGUGAAAGACUUGAGCAAGGUUGCGACAUACCGGACUUACAGAGGCUAAACAUCGCUGACUCCCAGUGCCCGCGACUCCAUGGCGAGGCCGGUGAAAGGGGAAUGUUGAGUGUGUGCAGUAUGGGGAGAGAGCCUUUCUCCCAAUCGUCUUCCUCGGGAGAUACCCAGAGUUCUGACAGCGUGGUCUUCGACUUGCAGGAGAAGAGCCCUGAGGACAUGGACACCAGAGGCCUUUCUAGUCUCAGCGAUUUCUGCAGCAGUACCGAUCACAUUGCGGCCUUCCAGGCAAUGGUUAAUUUGAAGAAGUUGGACCAGGAUUCCAACUUUGACAGUUCUGGAAUCAGCAGCUACGAAAGCCAUGCCAAUAAUUCAGGUCAAUGUUUCACGUGGGAGGAAAUGGGAAGUGAGGGCCGAUUUGUUCCACCCACACCAAGUUCAGACAAUUCAGAGACUUGCAGUGGGUCCAAACGCUGCAAAUUUCGAAGACGUUCAUUUUACAAGAAAUCUUUCCAUGAGAUAUCAUGCAUUGGGGAAGGAUCGUUCGCGCUGGUUUUUCACGUGAAGCACAAGCUGGAUGACUGUGAAUACGCUAUUAAAUGUGUGGAACUUGCACAUGAUGUGAAUGAAGAGAUGGCUGUAAAAGAAGCCAAAACCCUUGCGAAGUUUCGGCACACAAACAUCAUCCGAUACUACAGCUCUUGGAUUGAUGUAUCGAAUUCCACGAAAGUCCUGUGUAUCCAAAUGGAACUGUGCAAGCAAACGCUGGAAAAGUGGUUCCAAACUGAGAACAGAGAGAAUUUUCAACUUCAAAUUGCUCAAGACACCAGUCAAGGCCUGUCUUACAUUCACAGGGAGAAUUACAUUCACCGGGACUUAAAGCCUGCCAACAUCUUCUUUGCCAAUGACAACACUGUCAAAAUUGGCGACUUCGGUCUGGUAACGUCUUGCUCAAGGGGAGGAUCCGAGCAAUUCCUGCGGUCACCAGACACUGGGACUCCUUCCUACAUGGCACCUGAACAGAGUGAAGAAAAUUACAACCACAAAGUGGAUAUCUAUGCCUUGGGCCUCAUAUUAUUUGAACUCCUCUGGAAAUUUGAAACUGUGUGUGAGAAGCAGAAGGAAUGGACGGGGGUGAAAAGUGGCAUCUUUCCUACAGGAUUUCAAACCAGAUAUCCAAAUGAGACUAAGCUGCUGACCAGUAUGCUCUCUGCUGACCCCACCAGGAGACCUGAAGCUGAUGAGGUCCAGAGGUGCUUCUUGAUUGUAGCCUGACUCCAGGGGGAAACGGAGCUAGUCUGGGCAAGACGUUGAGGCUUCAUCUCCCUACUCUCGGCUCCUCUCAGGGCUAGGGAGUCAACCCACUCAGCUCUUGUUCACCCUGCAAGCCAAAUCCCUAACGUUCCUAGCUGGACAAGC